AUAAGACAAGUCCUAGUGCCCGAGACGAUAACGAGAAUGAUAGAAUGACGGCACCUUCCUCACCUCUCACUGACUGACUGCCUGGCUGGCAGGUGGAGUGAAGUUGCUCGUCGGCUCGGCCUCGACAAGUCAUCACGAGAUAGAUCACCACCAACUUCCUGUCCUCACAUGUCCUUGUCCUCAACCAUCCCCAGCCUGCAACACAUUCCCUCAAAUUUCAAUACAACUACCUAGUUAUAUACUUUUCCUGUGCCCCCAGGGGUUGCAAAUACACAUUCAACCACAAGCAUAGUUACCGCAAAUAGUCUUAGUUGCAGCGAUCGGGUUAUCUACUUCGCGAUCGAGUGCUGUUGAAACACACCUCCCACACUAUCCGCCCUCCGAUGACCGGUGCCACGAUCCUCGAGUCCGCAUGGUCCAUGUUUCGACAUGUCUGACUUACCUGAGAACCACGGUCAGGGGCAGCCUUCUCCGCAGAACGCCACAGCAUCUUCUAGUCACGGUCCAGGAGAGCCCGGCGGCCCUAGCGGUGCCCGUCGAAAUGUCACGGUGAAUAGAACUCGCAGUGCCAUCAUCGAUGACAAUCAUAGUGAGGCCUCUACCAGCAAUGAAACAGAGGGAGCUGGCAGUUCCGUUCCUUUCCAGCCUGUGUAUGGAACCAAUGGCAACAAUAACACCGAUAACACUGACACUGAGGGCACGGAGACAGACACUAAGGAUCUCCGUUUCCCACUCCCUGCAACCCGUCAUGAAAACACUCCUGAGCCCAACAUCCCUCAACAGCUACAAGCUUAUCUAGAUACUGGCGCUGGCGUCGAUGGUGCCCCUACUCCAAAUCACAUGGGCUCGAAUAGUGACGGAGCAAAUGGUGAUGAGGAGCAGGCCCCGUCCAGCACACCUUCAACUCCUGAGCAACAAGACCUUGGGGAGCAACCUGACAACGCUGCAGCUACACAAGGCAACACAAAUAACCAGCCAGAUGUGGUCGACAAUAAUGAGGGUGAUGAGAAUGAUGAGAAUGAAGAGGGCUCCAACAGCACAAGUACUUCCACUGACUCCCCUCAUUCACACAGACCUCCCGGUCCUGGUCCUCCGCCCCCACCAAGCCAGGGAGGCUCCGCUGGUCAAGCUAGUGGCACAGGAAAUAGAGAUAAUGAACCCUCUAAUCAAACUUCAAGCACAAGCUCAAACCCAAGUUCUCAAACCACCACUCAAGGGCAAAGCCGUGCCAGUGGUAGCAGUUCCCAUCAUCAACAGGCGGGUCAUGAUGCCUUGUCUUCUGCCCGAACAUCUAAUUGGGGCGUUGAGGCCACUACAUCAAUCUCGGAGGACAAUGAUGAUAAUGCUCACACCCAUUCUCAAGAAGUAGGCCAACUUGAACGUCAGCUCCCAGUGCGAGUACCAUUGGCGGGGGGAGUGUCAUCGUCGCCUAUGAAUCCAAUGACACCAAACAUUGUGCAGAGACAAGAGCAGCCAGCCAUACCUCAGGAAUUUACAUUACCUAGAUGGCAACCAGACUCAGAGGUAAACGAGUGUCCCAUCUGCGGUGUGCAAUUCAGCAUGUUUUAUAGGAGACAUCAUUGCAGAAAAUGUGGAAGAGUAGUCUGUGACAGAUGCUCGCCUCAUCGCAUCACCAUUCCUCACCAGUACAUCGUCCGACCACCUGGCGACUUAGGACCAGCUCCACAACGCUUAGUCCCUGGAGUUGAAGGCAGCAUAGCAGACUUCGGCGUCAUUGGAGGAGGAGAGCGAGUUCGACUGUGCAACCCCUGUGUUCCUGAUCCAAACACAACACCCCCUCAACCUCAUCGGUCCUCUCAGUCCACUGUCACGGAUGGACGAUCGUCGCGCACCAGGCUCUCCAGCAACUCAGUAAGCCAUUACAAUGCUGGUCCAAGACCACAUCCACGCCAUGUACCCCAGAACUACAAUCAUGGCCGAACCAGAAGUGCAACUACAAGUACCGGGCAAGGUCCAGCAUACUUUGCCUUUGCCCCUUAUUCAUCUUCUUCCGGUCAAUACCCUAAUCCUACUUACUUCCCUCAACAUCCUCUGUCUCAGCGACAUGUCUCGGGUAGUAGGCUUCAGUAUGCUCCUCCAACAGGACACUCUGGUAGGGAUCAUGGCGACUGGUUCUCGGCCUCAGGCUCGGGUCUAAACCGACCUCUGCCUAGAACACCAACGCCGGAACGGGAAGUCCCUGAGGAAGAUAUCUGCCCUGUGUGUCACAAGGAGCUACCAUCCAGAACCCUCGCUAACUUUGAAAUUCUACGAGAAACUCACAUCAAUAACUGUAUUUCUUCCCAUAGUAAUUACGGAGGCAACCGUGCUGUGCCUACCAUAGGACCCGGAAAUCAUGGAACACCUCCGCCACGAACCACUCGAAGAACUAGGAUAUUCCCAUACAUUGCGACAGAAAAGGACUGUGUCAAUGAUGCGGAAUGUACAAUCUGCCUUGAGGAGUUCCAGGUUGGUGAUGAAAUGGCACGUUUGGAGUGUUUCUGCCGCUUCCACCGCUCGUGCAUCGAUUCAUGGUUUGUGGGACAUCCAGGUCGUUGUCCUAUCCAUCAACAUGAUAGCUUCGGUUAUUGACGAAGCUAGUCACCAAAUUUUCUUUACAACCUCAUGAUACCCACGGAUCAGCAUGAUAUGUCCUGGCUUUUGGGGACCUGUUAUUUGCAUCAAAAGCAUUUGAUAUUUUCGCGGCCGUUCGCCUUUCCUCUCAGUCUUUGGGCAAGCUUCCUGUCUCGGUUGUAGAUACUCGUCUCCCCUCCAUUUGAAGGGCCUGUUUGUUUGUUUUUCUUUUACCCGAUCUUUUUCCAAGCAGCAGGUCGGAGACUGCCACAAGUCACCCGGCACAAGAUCAAGUCUCUUUGUUUUUGUUUUUUUUACAACAACGGAAAGGUCACUUGGGCGUUGGCGUUUGGGUUAUUAUACAAGCUUCUAGGUUGCCGUUGCAUUGGCAUGCUUUCUUGCAUCUACUAUUGGCACACUUCUUGCAUCCACACUUUGCAUUCUGGUAUUCAGAUCUGUUUGUUUUUGGCAUGGCACGGUGUUGAGGUGUCAAUCAAAGUUUGACAACCAGAGUCACACAUGUGUCUUCAGGCUUGUUGUAGUAUAAAUUGCUUUUUUCCUCAUAGCUACAGGACAGAUUCAGUUACUCCCCUAAGAGUAUACUUGUAUGCAGAUAUGCAAAUCAGAAUCAGAAUUAUACCAAGUCACUCA